CUGGGAUUGAAAACCAAAGCAGGAAAUCGUGUGAAAAUCAAUGGACGCUUCCCAACAAAAUUAUCAGAGAUUUCUGGUUAGUUAUGCCCUUACAUUGAUUUAACCUCUUCCUUAAACAUAUCCGUUUAACUGUUGAUCUAUUGUCUAAAUUGGCCAUUUGACCUUUAUUGGUUUUUGUGGAAGGAAAUUGCAGAAAGCAUGGCUGAGUCACCAGGUUCAUCAAGUGAUGAGGAGAAGUUGAUUGGGAAGUGCUGCAAAUCUGAUGCCUUUGAAGAAGAAAGUGUUCGCGAGAUUUUUUUGAGCAAAGUGUUUGGCCUAUUCUUUGGACACCUGAUGGCGGCUCUGGGAAUCGUCCUGCUGGUGUCGGAAAGCGAAGCUUUCCAGUUCUACAUGGCCGCCAGGCCCAAUCUCAUUUGGGCGUCCGUGGCGUCCCCCAUCGUCCUCUUGCUCGUCUACCACUACUUCACCGACGCCCGGCGCACGUGUCCCCUCGACUACCUGGCUCUAGCCGUGUUCACUGUGUCUCUGGGCGUGUCUUGCGGCAUGAUGGCCGCCGUGACUGGCACCGUAGACGCCGGCGUGUGCCUCGGCAUCCUGGCCGCCAUCUUCCUCGUGCUGGCCACCUACGCCAUGUUGGCCAAGUGUGACGUGUCCCUGGUGUCGACUUCCGCCGUGGCAGCAGCCGUGGCUCUGCUGGUCACUGCUCUGGCUGCGGUUUUCAAGCCUGAUUUGUUCAAGACCGUCGGGAAAAUGGCGGGAGUGGCGUUUGUGGAUGCCGUUUUUGUGGUGUAUGUGACUGAUGCCAUGGUGAUGCCCGGAUACGUCUAUGAACUGUGUCCAGAGGAAUACGCUUUUGCCACCAUGAACAUUUAUGUGGAUGUCAUACGGUUCUUUGCUGCUGUUUGGAACACCAUGAUGGACCCUGGAAUGAUUAAAAAUCAAGCCUGCGAAAUUUAUGUCGCCAUGAGAACGGGAGCGGAUAGCUUUUCCUUACGUGCACUCACUCACGCACAACCCCGGCUGACGCGAGUCGAUGCUUCAGUCUACUCAGACUCUGCUGAGCAAUCGGAGCUCUUUCAGUGGACAUCGUUCCCAGAGGGACGGAGCAACCCGGGGAACGUGAUCCAAACAUUAAUUAACAUGUGUUCGAACCUGAAGGGUUUAGGGGUACACAUUUCCGAAUGA